AUGACUGUUCAAAUCGCUCAACAAAUUUCGCUAAAGCUUCUCAAACUCGUUCUUACUGAAGACAUACAGAUCGGGACUGCUGAAACAUGGCAAAAGUACAAAGACUUACCGGAGAAACUGAAAAUCCGCUACAAAUCAGUUCCUUUUACAGUCAUGGCGCUUUGGGAUCCCGAAGCAGCUGGCAAUGCCGCAGUUUAUCUUCGAUUGCCCAACAUCCAGCUGAUUGAUAUCCGAAACGCUCCUUUUGAGGGUAAAAGCGCCGUUUGGGUCCCCUACUCUGAAACCGGUUACUGCAAGGGUAAAAAGCUCGGUGAGAAGGAUGGCAAGGUCGAAGUCGAGCGAUUGGCUGACGGUAAAGUCAAGCUUUACAAGCCCGAAGAUGUCGAGCCACAGAACCCUCCCAAGUACGAACUCUUGGAAGAUAUGGCUAACAUGACAUAUCUGUCCGAAGCUUCUGUUGUCCACAACUUGAACUCCCGAUACACUCUCUUCCUUAUCUACACCUACUCCGGUCUUUUCUGUGUCACUGUUAACCCCUACAAGUGGCUUCCCGUCUACGACAACCACGUUGUCCUCUGCUACUACAACAAGAGACGAACUGAAAUGCCUCCCCACGUUUACUCCGUUUCCGAUAACGCUUACCAAGAUAUGCUCCGAAACUCCGAAAACCAGUCUAUGCUUAUUACUGGUGAGUCUGGAGCUGGUAAAACUGUCAACACCAAGCGAGUCAUCCAGUACUUCGCCGUCGUCUGUGCCCUUGGUGACAAAAACUCUAAGAAGGAUGAAGCUCCUUCUCUCAAGGGAGGUGGAACCCUCGAAGAUCAGAUUGUCGCUGCUAACCCCGCUAUGGAGGCCUUUGACAAGCUCUUCCAGCAGCAUUUGGGCAAGACCAAGUCUAUUGGCAAGGUCAAGAAGCAGGGCAAGUUCGAGGCUCACUUCGAAAUCUACCACUACGCUGGUACCGUCGCCUACAACGUCACCGAUUGGCUCUUGAAGAACAAGGAUCCUCUUAACAACUCUCUUGUUGCCCUUUUCAAGCAGUCCAACCUCGAGGUCUGCAAGAAGAUCUGGGAAUCCUACGUCUCCCCCGAUGAUGCACCAAAGGGUGGUGGAAAGAAGGGAGGCAAGCGACAAAAGGGUGGUUCCUUCCAGACUGUCUCUGCCCUCCACAGAGAAUCUCUCCUUCGAUUGAUGACUAAUCUCCACGCCACUCAGCCUCACUUUGUCCGAUGUAUUAUUCCCAACGAACAGAAGCGACCAGGUUUCAUGGAUAACAACCUUGUCCUUCACCAGCUCCGAUGUAACGGUGUCUUGGAAGGUAUCCGUAUUUGCCGAAAGGGUUUCCCAUCUCGAGUCGAAUACUCUGACUGGAAACAGCGAUACUGUAUCCUCAACCCCAACUCCCUUCCCAAGACUGGUUUCAUUGACCCCAAGAAGGCUUGCGAGAAGAUCCUUGCUGGAAUUUCCCAAAUUGAUCCCGUUGUCUAUCGAUUUGGUCACACCAAGCUUUUCUUCAAGGCCGGUAUCAUUGGUGCUUUGGAAGAUCUUCGAGAUGACAAGAUUGCUGAAAUUCUCACCAAGCUCCAGACCAGAAUGCGAUUCAACCUCUCUCGAGCUGCUUUCUUGAAGACCGUCAAGGAGCGAGAUGGUGCUGUUGUCAUCCAGUCCAACUGGAGAGCUUACGUCACCUUGAAGGAUUGGGAGUGGCAGAAACUCCUCUUCAAGAUCCGACCACUCCUCAACACUGCUGAGAAGAAGGCUGAGUUCGACGAGCUUCUCAAGGAAUACGAAGAGAUGAAGAAAGAACUCGAAGUCGAGUCUAAGCGACGAAAGCAGCUCGAACAGGAGUACUCCAAGUUCAUCCAGCUCAAGAACAAACUCAUUUCCGAGUUUGCUGGUGAGACCGAUGCUCUCCAGGAUGCUGAAGACCGAGCUGAGUCCCUCAUGAAGUCCAAGAUUGAUCUUGACGGAAAGAUCAAGGAACUCAACGAGCGACUUGAAGACGAGGAAGAAAUCAAUGUCGAUCUCCAAAACAAGCGACGAAAGCUUGAGACAGAAUGCAAGGAGCUCCGAAAGGACAUUGAUGACCUCGAGGGUACUCUCUCCAAGGUCGAAAAGGAGAAGGCCACUGUUGAGUCUGAUGUUCGAACCAAGACUGAUGAGCUCUCUGCCCUUGAAGACAACAUCGCCAAGCUCCAGAAGGAGAAGAAGGCCCUCCAGGAAGCCCACCAACAGGCUCUUGAUGAUCUUCAGGCCGAAGAAGACAAGGUUAACUCCCUUUCCAAGGCUAAGAAUAAGCUCGAACAGCAGGUCGAUGACCUCGAACAGUCUGUCGAAACCGAAAAGCGAUCUCGACUUGAUCUUGAGCGACUCAAGCGAAAGCUCGAAGGUGAUCUCCGACUUGCUCAGGAAACUAUCAUGGAUCUCGAAAACGAUAAACAGCGACUCGAGGAGAAAUUGAAGAAGGCUGAAUUUGAGUACAACCAGCUUUCUACUCGAUACGAAGAUGAGCAGGCUCUUGUUGCUCAGCUCCAGAAGAAGAUCAAGGAACUCAUGGCUCGAAUUGAAGAGCUCGAGGAAGAACUUGAAGCCGAGCGAGCCGCUAAGGCUAAGUCCGAGAAAUCUCGAUCUGAUCUUUCCCGAGAACUUGAAGAGCUCUCCGAGCGACUCGAGGAGGCUAACGCCCAGACUCAGGCUCAGAUUGAAAUCAACAAGCGACGAGAAGCUGAGCUCGCCAAGCUCCAGCGAGAUCUCGAAGAGCACAACAUCGCUCACGAGUCUACUCUCUCUGGCAUGCGAAAGAAGCACGCUGACACUUCUUCUGAACUCACCGAGACUAUCGAUAACCUCCAGCGAGUCAAGACUAAGCUCGAGAAGGAGAAAUCUGAGCUCAAGAUGGAAGCUGAUGAUCUCAUCUCCAACGUUGAGUCUCUCUCCAAAUCUAAGGUCUCUUACGAAAAGUCCUGCCGACACCUUGAGGACCAGUACGCUGAGCUCAAGAUGAAAUACGAAGAGCAGGAGAAGAACAUUUCUGACUCCGCUGCCACCAAGGCUCGACUUACCACUGAGAUGAAUGAGCUUCGACGAACUUUCGAAGAGAAAGAACAGAUCAACUCUCAGCUCACCCGACAGAAGAACUCUGUCUCUCAGGCCAACGACGAGCUCCGACGAUCUCUCGAUGAGGAAGUCAAGGGCAAGAACGCCCUCGUCCACCAGGUCCAGGCUGCUAAGCACGACCACGAGCUUCUCCGAGAACAGUACGAUGAGGAAGUUGAGGCCAAGAACGAGCUCCAGCGACAGCUUUCCAAGUCCAACUCUGAGUCUUCUCAGUGGCGAACCAAGUACGAGACUGAUGCCAUCCAGCGAACUGAAGAACUCGAGGAUGCCAAGAAGAAGCUCUCUGGUCGACUUUCCGAAGCCGAAGAGUCCGUCGAGGCUGCUCUUGCUAAGUGCUCUUCUCUUGAAAAAUCCAAGGGUCGACUUCAGUCUGAGAUCGAAGACUUGACUGUUGAGCUCGAGCGAGCUAAUGCCGCCGCUUCUGCUCUCGAAAAGAAGCAGCGAUCGUUUGACAAGAUUCUCGAGGAAAACAAGGCCAAGCAGGACGAGAUCAACUCUGAGCUUGAGAAGGCCCAGAAGGAAUCUCGAGAAGCUUCCAACGAAGUUUUCAAGAUGCGAAACGCCUACGAGGAAGCUGUCGAUGCCCUUGAGUCCGCCAAGCGAGAGAACAAGCAGGUCCAGGAAGAAAUCGCUGAUCUUACCGACCAGGUUGCCGAAGGUGCCAAGUCUAUCUCUGAACUCGAGAAGGCCAAGCGAAACAUCGAGGUUGAGCGAAACGAACUUGCUGCCUCCCUUGAGGAGACUGAAGCCGCCGUUGAGUCUGAGGAAGCCAAGACCCUCCGAAUCACUGUUGAGCUCCAGCAGAUCAAGAACGAAUCUGACCGACGACUCCAGGAGAAGGACGAAGAAAUGGACAACAACCGACGAAAUGCCAGCCGAACUGUCGAAUCCAUCCAGUCUCAGCUCGACUCUGAGAUCCGAUCUCGAUCCGAAGCUGUUCGAAUCAAGAAGAAGCUCGAGGGAGAUAUCUCUGAUAUAGAGAUCCAGCUAGCUCAUGCUAACCGACAGCUCAACGAUGCCCAGCGACAGAACAAGGACAUCAUGGGCCAGAUCAAGGACGCCCAAAUGGCUCUUGACGAAUCUGACCGAAUCUUUGACGAAGUCAAGGAGCAGACUGCUGUCACUGACCGACGAGUCAACCUUCUCCAGGCUGAAAUCGAUGAACUCCGAUCUGCUGUCGAGCAGGCCGAGAAAGGCCGAAAGGCUGCUGAGCAGGAGCUCAUGGAAGCUAACGAGCGAGCCAACCUCCUCCACACCCAGAACACCGCCCUCGCCAACCAGAAGCGAAAGCUCGAGCAGGAGCUCCUCGCUGUUGCCAACGAAGAGCAGGAUGCUUCCGCUCAUCUUGAGCGAAUGAAGAAGAACCAGGAAGUCCAGCUCAAGGAACUCCAGGCUCGAUUGGACGAUGCUGAACAGGUUGCCCUCAAGGGUGGUAAGAAGCACGUCCAGAAACUCGAGGGCCGACUCCGAGAACUCGAAUCCGAACUCGACAACGAGCGACGACGAGGUGUUGACUCCCAGAAGGCCGUCCGAAAGAUGGAGCGAAAGGUCAAGGAGACCGUCUACGCUGGUGAGGAGGACAAGAAGAACCUUGCUCGACUCCAGGACCAGGCCGACAAGCUCCAGCUCAAGGUCAAACAGUUCAAGCGACUGGCUGAAGAACAGGAAGAAGCCGCCACUCAGAACAUGUCCCGAUACCGAAAGCUCCAGCACGAGCUCGAUGAGGCUGAAGAGCGAGCUGAUAUGGCCGAAUCCACUCUUUCCAAGAUGCGAUCCAAGUCCUCUGCUUUCUAA